CAUUGAAUUGUUCGCAUGUGAAAGCACAGGUUUUAGAAUGUUCUCAGAUCAUACACAAAAAUUGCAAUUCUAUGGACACUGUUCUUGUAGACGACUUUUAGGACAGAAAGCUUGGUGCCGUACAACGAACUGGAAUAAUGUUUCACGGCAAUACUUCCAACAAAAGCAUAUAACGUGGAAACAUUACUUAUCUCUUCGGAUAUUUUUUAGGAGAGUAGAAGCUCGUGGCCUAAAAACAAAGUUGCUGAUCGACUAUUGAAAACUCUUUCUUCAAAGUACUUGGAUAGGUACGAAACUAAGUCACGAUAGUUGUCAAAGAUUUCAUAACCAAACAUUUAGGCAUGAACCAGCAUAUUGAACUGACUUGUGGAGACAGGAUUCUUUCUUGUAGGUAGAGUACGACCUGAGUUAUUUGUUGACAAGUUUCAUUCCCUUCAUAUUUUUGGUCAUCGGCUAUUUUGUAGGAAAGGACAGACUAUUCUUAACGCUGUUACCGAGAUGUUUAUUUUUGUUUUCGAUAUUUUUGUAUGAUUCGAAAGAAGAACAUCUUCAGCAAAGGUUCAUUUUGUUCUCAUUUGUGUCAGAAAAUAGCGACUUCUAAGCUACAUAUAAUCUUUCAAUGUAAUUUUGUAUAUUCAUGAAGAGGCGCAAGACGAUUAAAACUUUUUCAAAUAGAAGUUAACAUUGUUUAUUUUGCUUUCCUAUCGUUUGCUGAGGAGAAUAUCUAAACGAAUCAACUCUUAUAGAAUUGAAGUUUCUGUCGUAAUGCUGUUUUACAUAUAUGUUACUGUUCAAGGGUAUGACGAAGACGAAGUUCUUUGACAGGAACCGAAACACUGUGUCUGAUUUUGCAAUAAGAUGUUUCCCAGUACAUUAUUAUAUUUUUUGGUGUCUAUAAAACUCUUUUCGACCGA